AUGAAGUCUCAUGUGCCGGAUUUGAAUCGUCUUAUCGACGAGCUCGAUGUUGAAGUGUCUUUGGUGACCGUUAAUUGGUUACUCACAUUGUUUGCGUCUGUUUUCCCAACAAAAACAUUGAUACGUGUCUGGGAUUUCAUAUUCUAUACGGGAAGCGUCAGUAUAUUUCGGGUCAUUAUUUCAAUAAUGAAAAUGAAAGAAGACGAUAUAGUUGAGUUAGGAAGGAGUUCUAUGUCGUCGGCUGAUCUUUUCAACGCCAUCAGCCAACUGCCGCAAACAGUGGUUGAAGUAGACAAACUCGUUGAGUAUAUGACAUCGUUCGAAUUCACCAUCACCGAACAUCUGAUCAAUGAGUUACGAAAAAAGCAUCAGGCAAUUCUGAUGGCUGAUCAAGGAAUGAUUGUGAACACAACAACGGACACCAAUCUACCGAAGCAAAAAGUUCAACGGCGGAAACUUGCUCGUUCAAAAAGUAUCAUACAGCAGAUUUUCCACUCGAAAGAGGGCGACAACGAUCCAAAACUGAAAAAUGUCCGUCAACCGGAAAUUCUCGUGGAUUUGAAAGACUCAGUGCUGCAAAUCUGCCGCUAUUUCAUCAGCUGUGAUGAGAAAAUGGAGAUGAACAUCCACCAAGGUGUGCUCAUUUUAUUUAAAUAA